AUGAAUAAACACGGCACUGCUGAAAAGGUAAAGUUCAGAAAAGAAUUACACAUACAUGAUGAUAUUGCGUUUUCCAUUCUAUCAAAAUUGUGUAUUAAAUCUUUGAAGCGAUUUGAAUGUGUUUGUAAAUCAUGGUCCCUCUUGUUUGAUAAUCCUAAUUUCAUGACUAUGUAUGGCAACUUCUUCUUAACAAAGGAACGUCCUUCUUAUGAUCAUACAUCUCUUCUUCUAUAUGGCAAGUUUACUCCUUCGGAAGUUUCCUAUCUAGAUAAACCAUUUGAGUUUUAUUCUGUUUCUGGAGAUAGGUUAGAGAAUAGGGUCAAAUUACGUUGGCCAUGUUAUAAUAGUAUAGAUUUCUUACAUGCCCGUUACGAUUAUGAUAUUAUCGGCUCAGGUAGUGUUAAUGGGAUCCUUUGUCUACGGAGGGCAUUUGCAUUCUACUGCUACGUGAAAUUUUUUAUAUUAUGGAAUCCUUCUACAGAAGAGUAUAAGAUCGUUCAACCUAGCUUUUUGGAUGAUACUUCUUCUGUUAGUUACAGUGGAUUUGGUAACGACAGUAGCAGAAACGACUAUAAAGUGUUGUGCCUGAUAGAAGAAGUUCAAGGCACUUUUACAUGGGAGAUAUAUAGUCUAAGGACUGACUCUUGGAGAGUACUUGAUCUCCCUUUGCAUCAUAUUUCUAAGAAUUGUUGUCAACAAUUAUAUAUGGAUGGACUCUCUCAUUGGAUGUGUGAAAGUGUAACACAUAAAGAAACAUAUCUGUUGUCAUUUGACUGGAGCAAUGAGGUUUUCAUUACAACACAAAUAGAUGACAACUUUGAUUUUCAUUUAGUACUGACACACUUGGUGCUAUUGAAUGGCUCUAUUGCUUUGAUCUUAAAUUUGCCAAACACAACUACAUUUCACAUAUUUGUUUUGGGUGAACUUAGUGUUAAACAAUCAUGGACUAAAAUUUUUAUCCUAGGACCCGUCUCUUUCCCUCUGUAUCCCAUCGGAGUGGGAAUGAGUGGUGAUAUGGUGUUCAGAAAAAAAGACGACAGUCGACUGAUUUUGUUCAAUUUAACUAGCCAGACCAUUGAGGAACUUGGUAUUCAAGCAGAGGGACUUUGUAAGAUACUAAUUCAUACAGAAAACCUUACUACUACCUUCAAAGGAAACAAGAGUAAGUAG